GCAUGGUAUUUAACCCACGGAGAGGAGGGGGAUCAAUUGCACUGCCUGUCAACACGUUGGCAAGCGUAGGACAACUUUCAUUUAAAACAUUAGUGUAUGUCUAUUAUUGGGGAAAUUAAUACAAGUGUAUAGGACAUGAAUAUGAUGUGUAGCAAUUUUAACAAGCAAAGUCCUCGCUGUGUAACAGACAUGGUGGAUACCCAGCUCCUCGCAUGGCCAAUGGGCAUCAGUCUGACCCCUGUACACCUGGAGGAGCUUGAUGACAGUUCUCACUCUCUGGAUAUGAAACCAUUCACCACCCUGGAUUACACUAGCCUGGACUACGAACACGGACCCACCAUCUCCAGCUACAGACCCACCCAGGUCCACCACUACCAAGCAAGCCACAGUCCCAGACCCACCCAGGCCCACCAAUACCAAGCCAGCAACAGCCCCAGACCCACCCAGGCCCACCACUACCAAGCCAGCCACAGUUGUAUAAAGCUGGAGCCAGAGUCUCCUCCCCAGCACUCAGACAGCAGUCCUCUCUACUCCAAGCUACAGGACGACACCACCGCUUCCCUACUCAACAUAGAGUGUCGAGUCUGCGGAGACAAAGCUUCUGGCUUCCACUACGGAGUCCAUGCCUGUGAAGGCUGCAAGGGGUUCUUCCGUCGGACCAUCCGGUUGAAGCUGGUUUAUGACCACUGUGACCUGCACUGUCGCAUCCACAAGAAGAGCCGCAACAAGUGUCAGUACUGUCGCUUUCAGAAGUGCCUGGUGGUGGGCAUGUCUCACAAUGCCAUUCGUUUUGGACGGAUGCCCCAGGCUGAGAAGGAGAAGCUCCUAGCUGAGUUCUCCACUGACAUGGACAUCAUGCACCCUGAGGCUGCCGACCUGAGGAGCCUGGCCAAGCUGCUGCUGGAGUCCUAUCUCAAAUACUUCCCCCUCACUAAGGCCAAGGCCAGGGCCAUCCUGUCUGGAAAGACUGGGGAUAACGCGCCGUUUGUAAUCCAUGACAUGAAGUCUCUUCAGGAAGGAGAGAGGUUUAUCAACUGCAGGCAGAUGCCCAUACAUGUUGUCCAGGAGACCAGCACUGAUGCUGGGCCUGAGGCUGGGACUGGGACUGGAGCUGGCUGUGGUCUAGGUGGAUGUCUGGCAGUGAGUGAAGGCCUGGCUGUAGGUGGAGGUCUAGGUGGAGGUGUUGGUCUGGUCCAGGAGCCCACUGACGAGGUGCAGCUCAGGUUCUUCUACAGCUGUCAGUCGCGCUCCGCCGAGGCCGUCCGAGAGGUCACAGAGUUCGCUAAGAGCAUCCCUGGCUUCGUGGGAUUGGACCUGAAUGAUCAGGUGACUCUGCUGAAGUACGGUGUCAUUGAGGUGCUCAUCAUCAUGUGGGCUCCGCUCAUGAACAAAGAUGGUACACUGAUCUCCUAUGGACAGAUUUUCAUGACGAGAGAGUUCCUGAAGAGCCUGAGGAAACCCUUCUGUGAUAUGAUGGAACCCAAGUUUGAGUUCUCUGUUAAGUUCAACACCCUGGAGCUGUAUGACAGUGAUAUGGCACUCUUCCUCGCCGUCAUCAUCCUCAGUGGAGAUCGUCCAGGCCUGCUGAAUGUGAAGCCCAUUGAGGAGCUACAGGAAACAGUCCUCCACUCUCUGGAGCUCCAACUGAAACUCAACCACCCAGACUCCCUGCAGCUCUUCGCCAAGGUUCUGCAGAAGAUGACAGACCUGAGGCAGAUAGUAACAGACCACGUGCACCUAAUCCAGCUACUGAAGAAGACUGAAGUGGACAUGUGUCUCCACCCACUGCUGCAGGAGAUCAUGAGAGACCUCUACUAGUAGGGUCAAUAUGAAAUGGCACCCUAUUCCCUAUAUAGUGCACUACUUUUACGCACUAUAUGAAAUAGUUUUUCAUCCAAGGUAACGGAAAAACACCGGUUCAAAACCGCAUAUGGAUGUGUUAGUCCUAUUGAUGCCACUGAUGAGGCAUAUUGGGGCGGCAGGUCGCCCAGGGGUUAGAGCAGGUAGCCUAGGGGUUAGAGCAGGUAGCCCAGGGGUUAGAGCAGGUAGCCCAGGGGUUAGA